UCGUGGCUCAACUUGGUGCCGAAAAAAGAGGGAAGGAGGAGGCCGCAAAGGAACGGAGGAGGUGGGGAGCAUUGUUUCUGUGUCAAGCGGCGCGCGUUGGCUCAGCUGGGCUGGGGGUGUCAUUGACCUUCCCAGUAGAGGCCAGUGCCCCCUGAAUGGAAGCGGUACCGUUGCCCGCCUGACGAGCUCCGAUCCGAAUGUCGGCCACGCAUUAUGAAGACUACAAGGCGGCCCACAGAGUACAUUGCCCCGGGACGACCAACACCGGAGGUCGCACCACCUCGGGCCCGGUGGCGCCGUCGCUGGUGGACUAUUUUCCACAGGCCGCUGGUGAUGGACUCAAGGUGGUCUGGGAGCACGCCGUCAACAGCCGGCAGCGGCUAGCGAUGGCCCUGCGAGGUCCUGGCAUGGUCAUUGAGGGGGACGUCAGCAUGGGCGCCAGUGGUCGCUACCCGGUACCCGUCAUGGCACACCCACCCAUCGCGGCAGCCUUCGGCGGUGGUGGUGGGAACGGUGACUUGACGCUAGAUGAGUGGCUCCACGAGCUGGCCUUGUGCGGCAUGGCCAAGGGCGUCAAACUCGACUUUAAGUCUACCGAGGUCGUUGAACCUGCCUGCCGCAUCUUGGCACGCUACAUCGACAAGCUUCAAGGGCCUGUAGUGCUGAAUGCCGAUGUACUGCCAGGACCAGACUGUGCGGCCGUGCCUCCUGUGGAUGCCUGGACUUUUCUGACGCUGUGUCGAACCCGUUUCCCUCGUUCCAUCAUUUCUCUCGGAUGGACAACUCAGGAAGGCUCCUGUCUGAAGAUGGGGUACACGCGGGAGAUGGUCGAGAGCAUGGGUGCCCUGGUUCGAGAGUACAACCUGGGUCAGCCCGUGAGCUUUCCUGUGUGGCUGCCCCUGGCGCGCCGUUCGCUGGGUGACCUGCAGCGGCUGCUGGCCCAAGUGCCGCGUUCUUCGUUGACUGUGUUUGCCCGCCGCGGUGAGCCGUGGGCGGCUGCACUACCCGAUCUCGCCGCCCUGCGCUCCUCCUUCAGCCCGUCACUCGUCUACUACGACCUGCCACACGACCUACUUCAGGCCUUCCUGCCCCUCUGCUAGGUCAGUGCUCUUAGAAAAUGUUGUCCUGCCAUUUCCGUCGUCAUCUCUAGAAGCCGGCAACCUAUCCAAGAGAAAGGCAUCCAUGGCACAUACCUGCGAUGAUGAAAGCAAUCAAGACAUCAGUGAAACUUCCAGCGUCAGUGUUGCCUUGGGUGCAUGCCAUGCUGGUGUUUUAUUUUAGCGAGGCCUAACUAUAUGUAAUACGUUAUUGUUCUGUUCUAUCACUCAGACAUAAUCGUGGUACGCCAGCUGCAAUUUCCAGAGAACUCGUCGGUACAAUCUGUACAAAGCAGGCCUACCCAUAUACUGCAGCUGAGAGAUGGCAGUUUUCUGUCUCUUGUCAUGCACACCGAACAUACUGUCAUGAAACUAUACGUCCUUGCAAUGAGCUUCAUACCUAACACACGAUAUAUGCUGAAAAGAAGAAAAGAAAAAAGACAAUGAACUUAACUUUUGUUGGCUUGUGCUUGCUGUAUGUAUGGGGGCAAGCUUCGGCACCGAAAUUCCCACUGUGACACGUGCGGCUGUGCGUACAUGGUGCUAAGAUAUUGACGCAGGUAUUUGUUCAUAUAAAGGCGACAUUAAAACGCCUUGCCAUCUCCUUGUCGGCAUUUCUCAGACCUUAUGCUAUACUCCUAGAGCACUUUGAUAAUGCAGCUAUUGUGGCAGCCUUGUGGCUUAGAUACCCGAGCUUAGAUUGACUUAGCAGUGACUUGUCGCUUUCUGUCAUGUGGUUGCCAAUUCACCUUGUCUCGACUGCCUCUAUUUGUGAAUUUACUUGAAUGUGCAUGACAUAUAGAGAUUUUUGCCUUUACAGUGGCCUUGUACUUUGGCCGUUCUUGUGGCCCUUCACUGCGAAGUCGCAUUAAUACGUAGAGCACACGUCACAGUGCUGGUCCCGCUGACGUUUUUCUGUGCCAUUAAGUUCGGCAAAAAGAGCACGGGACCGAGGUGUGAUCGGGUUUGUAGUUGUUGCAGAGAUGGAUCCAGAGAGUUGCGGUUAUGCUAGUGUGCUAGUUUUUAUAGGAUGUGCUGUCUGUCACCUGGAGAUAUAUAAAAGACGCAGAGCUGUGGCAAUGUCACACGGAAUAAUGACUUUGCAAGUGAGGCAAGGAAGUGCCUUAUAUGUCUUGCUGACUUGCGAAGUUCCAGCCUGAAACAAGUUGAAUGCGUCCAGUGAUAUAGUCCUCAAAUGCCCAACAUAUUUCCAAAAAAAUGAGGGAGACAUAGUUUUGAGUGUGUGAACAAAUGUUCUCCAUAAAGCAUGCACCGUGCUCGAAGCGAGGGCACCGCAUUUGCCUUAAUAAGGCUGAUGUAACCAUAGUCCAUUCACGCAGCUUGCUUUCAAUUUGUUUAGAGGAAACACGACUUGUCAAUUUAGUACAAAAUGCUACACAAAUGACUUGCCAGAAUUUCCCUGCACAAAGGCCAGUUUAAAGAUUAGCAAGGUUUACAAAUACCUGCAUAUUUUUCUGCCCAAAACUUUCCACAAACGGGUAUUACCCUGUGAGGCUUUGGAAAGUACUAGCUUGGCACUAGACUUGUAGAGAGAAAUGGUAUUUCUGGAUGUCCUUGUUGAAGGCAAGGAUACAGUGAGGCACAGUGGAAACGACAACGAGAAGUUUUGGUGCCCUACUGUGUUCUCGUCUCUAUAAAAGCGCAUCCGAAAGCACAAUGCGCUAUUAUAAAUAGCCCAAAAAAUAUUCUCAGACUGCAAUAUAACAAACCCGGAUACAAUAUAACGAAAUACUGGUUAUAACAAAGUAAGCGAAAAAGGAAUCUUGUAAUAGAUUAGGUGUUUGGAAUAUAACUUUAUAAGGAACUUUUGGUUAUAAUGAACUUAUUUUCGUGCAAAGUGCAAUUUCAUUAUAAAGAGGUUUACCACUACGAGAGGCACUUUGCAGGGUAUCAAACCAUAAUGCGUAGAACAUGACACUUGGAGAGUAACAGAUGUGGCAUUUUUAUAGAAGUUCUACAUGACCUAGGCAUCAGAGCCGUGCAAUCUUGCUUCGACUGAUCCCUUUGUAAGGUCAAGUUAGGGAUCCGGCAGAAAAUGAUCUGAUGUACGUUCAGCAGUCAUGCCGACCUACUCUCUUUGCGACAGAGUUAUUGCUGUUUGUGAUUAAGACGUUGGUGCAGCUCCGUGUUUUCAAGAUGCCUUAAGAAAAGACAGCAAGAAAGAGUGUUGCGUGCAGUGGAGGAUUGUUAAGUAGUUGUUGCUUUCUGAAAAACGCGAGGGGGACCACACCAGAUGGAGUCUGAUGCGAGAGCAAUGUGCUGUGGCACUGUGUGCGUGCAAAUGUGUGCGUGUGAAUGUGAGCGUGUUGAAUCAUCGUAACAAUAAAUAGGUGUUGUCUUCAAGCAUGCAGAAUGCACUGAAAUACCAUGUAUACUGGCGGUGUGCACUUUAACUUGAGUGGCUUGUCGCCUUGUUAGUUAGUCUUUUUUUUUUCUUUUUUGCUGCAGAUGUAGGGUGCUUUGUCAAUGAGAUUUUCGAAAUACACAGACAAGAGGUCGUCAUUUUAGCGGGACGAAGUGUGGCUGUAUAGCGGUAUUUUGGGUACAAACUUGGCAAACAUGGUACGAGUUGCUGGAUACAAGGCCUUGAAUGUGCCGAUAUAAAGAACGCACUUUCCGCACACAUUACAGAGAGCCCCUUAUGAUGCUCUCUGUUAAUGAGCAAGGCCAUUGAUAGGCUCAUAUACUUGAUAAAAGAGCGCAGCUUGUAGCUUUUGAAGGGCCCAAUCUGAAUAUCUAAGUGCAUCUGUUUGUCUCGUUUCAUAUAAAAAUUAUCAAUAUUAUCACA